AUGUUCUACAUGGUUCUUUGUGUCGCUGCAUCUCUCAAUAGCUCCACUGAUGAGUCUGCUCUUCUUGCAUUCAAAUCUCAAAUAAAUGAUCCCAACAAAAUCUUGUCCUGGUCCCAAGGAAUUCCUUUUUGUUCUUGGAUCGGCAUUACUUGCGGUCGCAAGCACCAAAGAGUUGUAGGCAUAAAUGUUUCACAUAUGGGCCUAGGAGGGACUAUUGCCAAAGAAAUUGGCAAACUCACUUUUCUGAAAUCCUUGGAUAUUAGCAAUAACAAUUUCCAUGACUUCAUCCCUGAUGAAAUUGGUAAUAUUUCGAGGCUCCAAGAAAUAAAGAUGCAGUACAAUGAGUUAAAUGGUCAAAUUCCUAGUAGUUUUGGAUUUCUUAAAAAUCUUCAAAAGUUAUCUCUCUCUGGAAACCCUUUCACUGGAGAUAUUCCAAACGUGGUGUUCAACCUCUCUUCUUUGGUAGAGAUUCACUUAGAAAACAACAGCCUAUCUGGGAGUCUUCCGAUGGAUAUCUGCAGUAAUCUUCCAAAGUUAGAGAUUCUAUGGAUUCCAUUGAAUCAAAUAGGAGGCAUUAUUCCUCAGAGUUUGGGAAGAUGCACCAAGCUCAAGCAACUUUCUUUGGCAAGGAAUAAUUUCAGGGGAAGCAUUCCAAUGGAGAUCGGGAACUUACCGCAGCUUCAAAUGCUCAGACUACAAAAAAAUAAUUUGACGGGAAGCAUUCCUGACUCAAUUGGAAACUUAUCUACGCUUUGUUUUUUAGAUAUGGGUUACAAUGGCUUCACAGGUACUAUUCCAAUUUCAAUAGGCAAUUUGUCGAAUUUGGAGCGUUUUGGAGUUGCUAGUAACAACGUUCAGGGGCACAUUCCAUCAGAAUUGGGACGUCUAUCCAAUUUAACAUGGUUAGAUUUUUGCUUUAACAAGCUCGAAGGUGAAAUACCUGAAUCUAUCUUCAACCUCACCAAGUUACAGAGUUUUAGUCUAGUAUACAAUUAUAUAACUGGCAAUCUUCCGUCAAUAGUUGAUGGACUCCUUAAUCUUCAGUCUAUUUCUCUGGCUGGUAACAAAUUAAGUGGUGAAAUUCCUAGCUCUAUUUCAAAUAUUUCGAUGCUCAAUAUGUUGGAGCUUGGUAACAACUCAUUUACCGGACCUGUACCCAUGAAUCUUGGGAAUUUACAAAACCUCCAAUGGCUAGGGUUAGCAGGUAAUCAGUUGACAAAUGAUCCUUCAAUGUCGGAAUUGGGUUUUCUUAUUUCAUUGAGAAACUGUAGGUACUUGAAAAGCAUAGUAAUUGGAUUCAAUUCUUUUGAUACAAUGCUACCAAAAUCUUUUAGCUUGGGCAAUAUGUCAGCAUCUCUUGAAAAAUUUGAGGCUUACUCUUGCGGUAUCAGAGGCACGAUUCCCAAUGAAAUCGGCAAUUUGAGCAACUUGAUCUUACUGGAAAUGGGAAGCAAUAAGUUGAGAGGGAGAAUUCCAGAGACACUGGGAGAACUAAAGAAGAUGCAAUCACUCGUAAUUGAUAACAAUAAACUGGAGGGGCCGAUACCUGUCAGCUUUUGCAAAUUUGAAAAUUUGUACAGCAUAAUAUUAGAGAAAAAUGAGCUCUCUCAAGAGAUACCGGGGUGUUUAGGGAACCUUACAUCCUUGCGAAGGGUUUACUUAUCUUUCAAUAGGUUCACUUCCACUAUCCCAUCAGCGUUUUGGACUAACAAGGACCUUGCUAUUGUGGACCUGUCUUACAAUUUACUCAUUGGUUCUUUGCCGUUAGAAAUUGGCAGUGUGACGGGAAUGAGUCAAUUAUAUCUAUUGGGAAAUCGAUUCUCGGGCGAUAUUCCCAGCUCUAUUUGGGGGAGACUUCAAAGUUUGGAAUUUCUAAUAUUGGCAGAAAAUAAGUUACGUGGUCAUAUACCUGAGACAUUUGCUAAUUUGACUGCAUUGCAAUAUUUGGAUCUAUCCCAAAACAAUCUCUCUGGUGUAAUUCCCAAGUCACUCGAAUCACUUCGGAAUCUUGUGUAUUUUAAUGUUUCAUUCAAUGAUCUCAGUGGUGAAAUUCCGAAUGGAGGAUUUUUCAAGAACUUGAGAGCAGAUUCUUUCAAGGGAAAUAGAGAAUUAUGUGGAGCAUCUCAAUUCGAGGUCUUUCCCUGCAAAGGUAAUAAAUCCAGAUGGACAAGAAUUUUGAAAUAUAUUGUACCACCAGUUGCCUUUGUAGUAGGUCUAGCCAUUAUUCUAAUGGACAUUAUUGAGAAAUACACGAGACAAAAUGGGGCCUUGAGAUAA